AUGUAUCAUAAAUCAUUAUUUAUUGCUCUUUUAUUAUUACUGUCCAUACUCACUGCAUAUGCCCAAGAUGAAUCUGAGGAAGACUCGACAUCGUCCUCAUUACCGUUACCAUCCACCACCCAACAGCCUUCAACGUCCGAGACGAACAGUGCUGACGAAUCAACACAGCCUGUAAAUGAAGAACUAAACAACUCCAAAAACCUAUUCUCGACACCACCACGGAUAAGCGAUAUCACAGAAACAGUGCAAGUGAAACUGUAUUGCGAAGUGGAUAAAGCUUUUUGCGGAAAGGUCGAACACUCAUUGAAACUAGCAGCAGCCAGCUUUGCGCAAGUUGUAAACUUGAAAAACAAGAUUGUAUUCCAAGCCUCCUAUUACAGUUUUUGCAAAAAGACAUGUUCCAACAGCACUUAUGGAUGGGGCACACCGAGCUCACAGUUUACACUAAUCUCUUUAAACGAGGCGGAUUCAAACUUUAUUUAUCCACAAGCAUUAGCCAAGCAAUUGACCCUGUUUACUGACAGCUCCAACUGGGCUAAUUACGAUGUAGCCAUCGAUAUCAACCAUGACAUGUACAUGAAUGCUGUAAAUUACGACAAAGUAUCUGAUUGGAAUGGCACAGGCAUUCCACCGAUGGGAGCCUACUGGUUCAACAAUGACAAACCCAUCGAAGACUAUCAAGUGGAUAUGGAAUACCUCAUACUUCACCAAAUGAUACAUGGACUGGGCAUGGUGAGCUCUUGGGCUCCUUAUUUUUCAGACGCAAAUUCACCCUUUCAAAAGCUGCUGAAAGGGUUGAUUACACCUGAAGACAGCCUCAAAUUCAUGACACCAAGUCCAUAUUGGUUUGUAAAACAUUCGACAGGACCCGCUUAUAUUACUGGAUUCCAGCCCAACAUGAUUUUUGACAAAUUCCUCAACUUGAUCAUACCUGCAAGGAACGAAACGAAAUGGCUUGUGGACUAUAGUUUCGAUCUACAAAGCUUCUGCGUCAAGGAAAACGACGCCUUCAUUGUGAAUUUCAUGAACUCAUUUCUGAAUAAUGCAACACAGUCGGCAAGAGCAAAGACCAUCUAUGUUUCCAUGGCACAGCCCAAGACAUUGUCGUUUCAAUUUGCUGCAAAUUGUGGGCAAAGUGCGUAUUAUACAGACCCUUAUCUCAAUCAAACGUAUCAUUCCAUCCAAUUGAUGACUGGUCCCAAUAUUCUUGAGGAUACUACCUUGACAGAAGAAGCUCUUUAUCGACCUGGUAUCUCCACCUCGCAUGUGGAUGAUGAUUAUACCGGCACGCCAGAUUUUCUCAUGACACAUAAGUUUCAUCGUGGAAAGACAUUGCAACAACUAGUGGAUGAAGCCUAUGCCAACAUACCCGAGAUCAAAUACAAUAUCACCCAGAACAUUUACGUCAAUGUAACCACGGUGCAUAAUACAACGGUAGGAAAUCAUACAACAAGUGCAAAUGUAACCACAACAGAAGAGAGAAAUCAGACAACGCAAUACAUUUACAAAUAUGCCAUUGGGCCUGGCAUCCUACGUAUUUUGGAGACGAUCGGCUACUCCACAGUAUUGACAAACACCAACUACACGACCAGUGUCAUCAAGACCAAGAAACCAUACACUGACUGCGAUGAUAGCAACAACAAUAAUUAUUAUGGCCGUGAUGACCAGCAAGUUACUGCUUCGUCUAAAUCUGAUGCGGCACAUCUGUUUUCUGUUCCUAUUUAUUUGCAUGUUGUUGCACUGGUGAUUUCAUUUUGUAUAUUAUAA